AGGCUGAGAUUGCCCGCGUUCAGAGCUUUCUCUUACGUCUCAUAUUCGACAAGGCAGGGUGAUAAGGCAGUUUCAUCUCGCCCUUUUCCUUUACCUAACAGAACGCUCCGCCGGGAACGAUACCUUUCUAAUCCGGUUGCGUAUCAGCCGUUCAACUUCCCUCUCAACCUUCCAUCCUCCUUCUAAUCCCCGAGCCUCGCGCCUCCGGACCACACCGUCCUAGGUACCGUCUCCAAACGCUCCAAGUUGCAAAAAUGGGCCAGCUCAUCCACCUCCCGGGCCUCAAAUUCCACCUCUUUGAGCUCCGUGGCAUCCUGAAAUGCUCUUCCGUGCGAGAAGGCAAGCUCCCGCGAGAAUACGAGUUCUCCGACUCCGACGUCGAGACCGACGACUCAGACAGCGGCAGCAACGGUGCCCCUCCGAAGCGCUGGGAUGGUGUCGAGGCCAGUGCUGUGGGCCUUCAGAUGCGGCUCUUCAAGAAUGAUAGCAGGCUGGAGAUGGAGUUUGAAGGGAAGGAUGGCAGUUCUGCUGCCUGGGUGUUCAGCGGGAUGGAGCAGGUGGGUGGGAGGGCGAUGUAUGCCAGUAUGGGGGUGCAGACCCUUGCUGUGGCGACGAAAGAGCAGGGGAUGCAGACCGCGGUUCGGGGGCUGAAGGAUGCGGGAAGCCAGGUUGAAGUCCUGGGAACGAUGCGAGACAAGAGCAUGCAGACGGAGGGAUGCUGGGAAGAAGCGGAGAAGCAGAGCAAGGUGAUCCACGAACGAGCUACGACGUCCGGCGCCCUCGUCGACACGGGAAUCCAGAACGAUGAUGAUGCCGCCGCACUCGAGCCGGACAACAACGCACAACUAGUGACCGGGACAAAGCGCAAACGCUUGUCCAGCCCAGCACCGCCAGACAAGAGAGCACGCAGCACGCACACGUCCGCCCCAUGGCCACGCCACCUCUACGCGGAAGGCUACCGCUCGGCGCCGCAGUUCAAAGGCGACAUCGGAAAGCUGCACAUCGACCUCGGCAACGCGACGGUGUGGUACGAAGGCUGGUACGGGAAAGAGCACAUGCGGUGCAAGGAGAAGAAGCAGGUCGACCUGCGCGAGCGACUGACCAAAGUCCUCUACAACCCGCUCGACAGCCGCGGCUUCGAAGGCUACGCCCACAUCCUCGGGCUCAUCAAACCGGCGAAAAAUUAUGGAGUAGCCAGGAUCUUCGAGAUGCACUGCGGCGCGCCCAAGCUGAAGAUCUGGGGCAAGCACUCCGCCACGGACAGUUCAUCGGAGAACAUACCGUUCAGAGAUCCCGCUAUCAUCGUCGAUGCGCUUGUGCACUGCAUUGAUGUCACAUCCGGCCGAGAAGCCGUGCAUAACCCCGAAGCGGAUUACAAUCUCGAAACGAGCAUGGAGGAAUAUGAGAGUUGGUACAAGGCGGGAGCGGCCGCCCGCCGGCGGUCCAUCCUGGAUGGAGCAUGCAAGAAAUGAAGAAGAGACGGGAGUAUGUGCGGGCUCUGCGGGUUUGCGAGGUGAGGGAGGGGGUUGUGGAUGUUCUGGAGGAGGAGGGUGAGAAGAAUGCGGAGGAGGACAAGGAGGAGUGGUCGAGUUGGAGUGAGUUUCUGGACGGGAUAGAAAGCGCGGAUGGGUCGGGUUGAAAAUGAGCCAAGAGGAGUGAUACGUCGGCGAAGGAAAAGGAAUAUUUCGACGACAAAGGGGUUGGGAUCUUCGGAGGGAGCUUUCGGACGUCUAUGGGGCUUCAAAAAGUUCUGAGGGCAUUAUGUACCAGUCUUCCGCCAAUAGUACGGUAGCAUGGAACACUUCUUGAU